UGAACCAAAAUCUCAACCCUAAGCACACCUCCUGGAUAGGGCGAGGUCUCGUAAAUUUCAUUGCAUUGCUAAAAUUGUCCGACCGCCUUUAAGAAGGCUGAUUUGAGCAGACACAUGAGCAGGCAACUUGUCAUUCCAGUACGCCUCAGCGCGAGCAGAAGCCGAGUCUUCACGCGGGCGCUCACGUUGACUCCCUGGGGUGAUUCACCUGUCCUGCCUUAACCCCACGCGCAGAUAUGAAUGAUGAUAGAAUCUGCGCCUAGCUUACAAUGUGUACACUGUGUAACGUUAACAGGAUAACUGAACAGCACAUAGAUGGGAUUUUAGUCCGCAUAUUUUCUGAGGGCUACAGUUGGUGAUGGUUGGUCAUCUUUUAGAGCGACGCGCAGUCCCCUCGUAAAAGUUGCAUGAAUCAUGAUGGAGCAAUUGUGCGCUAUGCCCCACGCUGCUCCUCGGCAGUCCCUUUUCCAACGCAAACCAGUUGGGAAGGUGAAGAAGAGGCUACACGACAUGCAGUAUCGCCUACUCCCGGAGACCAGCAUGGACCUGAGCCACAGCGAGAGCGCGCGCCUGGCAACUGACGCGCUAAUGAAUGGAGGUCUCCAGGCGUAUGACAAGGUUCUGGCAGAGGACGGAGAGGUCAGCUUUCUGUCUUCAAUGGAGAAGGACUAUAUCCUAGCAAAUCUAUCGGAGCCGAGGACUUUCAAUGACGGCUCAAAGGACGAUAAUGAUGAUGACGAACACAAUUCCCUGGAGACAAGGGAUUCUGAUUCUUCCCAGACCUAUUUACCGAUAGCCAGCGAGAGCUCCCCUCCGGAGCUGGACCAUGGCUGGCCAGUGGAGGAGUGGAGUUACCACCUGCAGGGGAUGCCUACUGUUGAUGUGUUCUUUCAAUCCUCUGAAUCCAGAAAUAUGAAAGACCUGCUGCGAGAGUUUAUCAGCAAAGCCACUACGGUUCUGGCCAUAGUCAUGGAUAUUUUUAGUGACAUUGAGAUAUUCUGCGACUUACUGGAGGCCAUGGGGAAGCGUGAUGUGUCCGUCUACUUACUGCUUGACCACCAGAACGCGCCGGUUUUCGUAGAGAUGUGUAACACUCUUCAGAUCAACGCUUCCCAUCUUUCAAGAAUGUCUGUCCGUACAUUGCCUGGGAACACGUACUGCGCCAAAUCAGGGAGGAAAUUCAACGGUCAGGUCCAAGAGAAGUUUAUCCUUGCUGACUGCACUCAGGUGCUUGUUGGAUCAUACAGCUUCACCUGGCUGUCUUGGCAGGUGAACAGGAGCAUGGCGAUGCUGUUCAAAGGCAGUGGGGUCAAACCUUUUGACCUUGAGUUCCGCAGACUCUAUGCCACGUCUUUACCUAUACACGGCCUCCCUGAAGAAGAGAUCUCCAGCUGCCUCCCUUUCCACCUGAACACCGUGGAUUCCCCAACUCAGUCCAUCACAAGUUCCAGCACCUCUGCAUCAGAUGAACAGCAACAACCAGCUGACCCAUGUGCUGCUGUACCCAAGCAAGAGGGGACUAUAGUGCUGGAGCACCAGCAACCGGCAAGUGUGGGAUUCCUACUGACCACCUCCAAGUACACAAUGGAACCUACACCUAAGACAGGGACAAACGCCCAGGUCAAAGGCUUGUUCCAUCACCAAACGGCCAACCCUAUAGGGCGUCUGAAUCCCUCACCACAAUUCCCAGCCCUCAAAACAGGGAGGUACUCCCCACCCAAAGCCCAGGACACAGAGAGAACACUCAGCCCACUGAUCUCCCCAGCUCCACAGCCUUCACUCCAGAAGGGGACAUUCUCUACAGUCAAAGCCCAACCUGUGAUGCCUACGGUUGGGCAGACUGCCCCUGGGUGCCCCGUGAAGUCUCCCACUGUGCUUCCACCCAGGCUCCAGCUGCUGCUAGCCCAGCGCCACUCCUCCUUCUCCAGGGAGUGCAGUGUGUCUGCGCUCCCCUGGAGGAACACCAGCACUACCGGCAGCAACAACAGCCUGCCCAACGCAGUGGACAGGGGACAAACUGGAGGCCAGCGUAAAUUUGACCUGUGCAAGAAGCAAUGUCCGGCUGUCACCACGGCAUUUAGAGCAUAGGCUGGCAUGAUUCAUGUCAAU